AUGCAGAAUUACCGCGGUGAUCCCUACGAGAGUGAACCUCUUGACUCUCAACACCAUUACGACUCCUCUCCACGACCACCAGUCCCUCCACCCCAUGGUUAUUCUUCAGCGGCUGGACAAUACGACUCUCCUGUGAGAUCAAAUCAUCCAGGCGCACAUCCCGAUUCUGCCUAUAGCCGUGUUCAAGGCGGUUACGACGACUACUCUCCCCAAGGCCGUUCAAUUUCACCUUCACCUUACGCGGGAUCUGCUAGCUACGAUAGCCCUCGACGACCAUCACCCCAACAAGGCGAACGCGCCUACCACGGCAAUCAAGCCUACAAUAACUACGGCGGUAGCGGAGGUGGAUACCCUGGGUAUGAUCACCCAAACUCACAUACUACACCAGGCGCAGACAACUUUGGAAUGUCAGCUUCAGGUGGUAUGGCGGGAAUUGCUCAUAACGUUGCUGACCGUAAUCCUCGCAAUAGUGGUAUAGGCGCAAUGGAACACUCUGCAUUGCCUCCUCCUCCCUCGCGGACCCAGCAGAACGCUCAUGGAGGAAAUGGAGGUUACGGCUACUACGACCCGCCCCGCGGGCCAGCAGGCUCGAGAUCAAACUCUCAUUUCAACGGAAGCGAUCCCUAUAUCGACAAUCCGUAUCCCGGAUACCACAAUUCACGAAAUGGUAGUGCCAAUCUUGGUGUAGUGAAUCCUAACGAGAUCAUCGAUGAUGGAGAUGAUGGAUUGGAAUACGGAAAGAGUCAACGGAACUCAAUACUUAGCCUUUCCAACUCAGACCGUGCGAAGAAAGGUGCCGCAACCGCUGCGGUAGUUGGAGGCGGUGCAGCUGCUGGCGGCCUCAUGGGUAGAAGCGGGAGCUACGAUCUGAAUACGGGGCGAGAGAAGCCUUAUGGGUAUGCACAGGAUAAGGAACACGGCAGGAGUAAGAGGUGCAAAUGGCUCAUCAUCAUCGUCGUGUUCCUUGUCAUUGUUGGUGCCAUUGUGGGCGGCGUUGUCGGUAGUAUGAUGAACAACGGGAAGAAAGAAGAAUCAGGAAGCAGUAGCUCAGGAGAGUCGGCUAAGGACGACCAGAAGAAGAACGGCGAUCUCAGCAAGAACAGCGCAGAGAUCAAGAAGCUUCUCAACAACCCGGACCUGCACAGAGUUUUCCCUGGCAUGGACUACACUCCGCUCAACUCGCAGUACCCCGAUUGCAUGCACAACCCACCCUCCCAAAACAACAUCACUCGCGAUGUUGCCGUCUUGGGUCAGCUGACCAACAAGAUUCGACUGUACGGAACCGACUGCAACCAGACACAGAUGCUAAUUCACGCUCUCGACCGUCUGGAACUGACCGAUACAAAGGUUUGGCUGGGUGUUUGGCUGGACAAGAACGAGACGACCAACGAUCGGCAAAUGGAUCAAAUGUGGGAUAUUCUUGACGAAUAUGGUGAUAAGCCAUUCGAAGGAAUCAUUAUCGCCAACGAGAUUCUGUUCCGCGAGGAGAUGAACAUUACUACGUUGGCUGAGAUUCUGGACGACACCCGCACCAAGCUCGACAAGAAGGGUCUCAAACUACCUGUUGCCACUUCGGAUCUGGGUGAUGACUGGACGUCUGAGCUUGCUUCAGACAGUGACUAUAUCAUGGCCAACAUUCAUCCCUUCUUUGCCGGAGUCGAGGCUUCAGAAGCAGCCUCAUGGACCUACAGCUUUUGGAAGAACAAGAAUGGCGACAUGUGGAAGACAGACAAGCAGAAGAACAUCAUCUCGGAGACUGGCUGGCCUACUGGAGGUGGAACCAGCUGCGGCUCGGCAACGUCUUGUACUACAGGUUCAGUCGGUGGCAUUGAUGAACUGAACACCUUCAUGGAAGAUUGGGUAUGCCAAGCCCUCAAGAACGGUACCAACUAUUUCUGGUUCGAGGCAUUUGACGAGCCGUGGAAGUCGAGGUACAACACCAAGGGCAAGAAUUGGGAGGACAAAUGGGGCCUGUUGACAUCGUCACGCGAUCUCAAGAAGGGAGUCAAAAUCCCCGACUGCGAUGGCAAGACCCUCAAGGACUACAGCGACUUUUCUUCCUCUUAG